AUGCCCGGAAGUACUCCAGAAGCAGCAGCGGAGGAGGCGCUAUUUUCACUUCCAUGGCGACAUGCAUGUGUUAAGCUGCGCGAGCUAUUGUUCGAGGCGGGAAUGUUCGUGGACGCUGAAACAAAUCCACGAAUAACCGGAAUCGAGGUGACCAAGCUGAUGGGAGUUGUAAGCAGCACAUUAUCCAGAAAAAUAGAGCUAGAAUAUCUAAAAAUUGUGCCGGCUGGCUAG